GUCGUUCAAUGGAUUCUCGGACCUUGAAUAUAAUUGAGAAUUCCGAGAAGCGUGCCUCAAACUUGUCCAAAAUUCUUGAGAAAACCUUCAAAUAUUAUCGUGAAGUGAAUAUUCGUGUGGUCAGAAUUCCUUCCCAUGUUCAUUGUGUGCCCUGCUAAGUAAUUUUCUAAAACCAACAAUGUCUUAUUAGUAGUUCCAACUAGGAAAAGAUUCCUCUCCAGGAACAGUUGUCAUUUCUGUCCAGAGGUUAUGUCGAUAUGGCUUCUGUUUAUGUUUUGAUCAGAGUGUAACUGAGACUAGCUAAAAUGGAUGAAGAAAUUGAAAUAACACGUGGUGGCCCUAUGUCAUCAUUGAACUCCUUGUUUUCUUUCACAAGCCCUGCUGUCAAGAAACUUUUGGGGUGGAAACAAGGGGACGAGGAAGAGAAGUGGGCUGAGAAAGCAGUUGAUUUUCUUGUAAAAAAGUUGAAGAAGACUAAAGGUGCCAUAGAAUCCUUGGAGAAAGCUCUCAGUUGUCCAGGCGAACCAAGCAAGUGUGUCACUAUUCCCAGAAGUAUUGAUGGGAGACUUCAGGUCUCUCACCGCAAAGCAUUACCUCAUGUUAUUUACUGCCGUGUUUGGCGGUGGCCUGAUCUUCAGUCCCAUCAUGAGCUGAAACCUCUGGAACACUGCCAGUUCCCAUUCUCCGCCAAGAAGAAGGAAGUCUGCAUCAACCCUUAUCAUUACAAACGAGUUGAAAGCCCUGUAUUACCUCCUGUACUAGUACCACGCCACAGUGAAUUUGCCCCUGGGCCUUCACUACUAUCAUAUCAGCAACUGACUGUGCCAACAAGACCAACCAACGUCUGCUAUUCACCCAAUGGUUUUAGAGAGCCGGCAUCUCCUAGCUCCUCCAACUUCAGUGCUUACAGCCCAUAUCAGACUCAAGGGCUUGCCGAAUCUCCACCACCUACUUUCAGUGCAUCGGAGGGUAACAUGAGUCCCACGCAGACAGAGACCAAACCUGAGUGCAUGGAUACCAGUAAUCUGACGGAUGUCGCUCAAGUUGCAUACCAGGAUCAACACUACUGGGCAAGUAUCGCAUACUACGAACUUAAUUGUCGCGUGGGCGAAGUAUUCCACUGUCAGCCACUGUCAAUAACUGUGGAUGGUUUUACCAAUCCUAGCAGCAACAAGAAUAAAAAUAGGUUCUGUCUUGGCCAGCUGUCAAAUGUCAACCGCAAUUCAACCAUCGAAAACACCCGGCGACAUAUUGGCAAAGGUGUCCAGCUAGUUUAUGUUGGAGGUGAAGUGUACGCAGAGUGCCUAUCAGACUCUGCCAUUUUUGUUCAAUCCAGGAACUGCAAUCAUCGACAUGGAUUUCACCCAUUGACUGUCUGCAAAAUUCCGGCCGGCUGCUCGUUAAAAAUUUUUAACAACCAGGAAUUCGCUCAGUUGUUGUCUCAGUCAGUAAAUCACGGAUUUGAAGCUGUUUAUGAACUGACAAAAAUGUGCACCAUUAGAAUGUCUUUUGUGAAAGGAUGGGGAGCCGAAUAUCAUCGCCAGGAUGUGACGUCAACACCGUGUUGGAUUGAGAUUCAUUUGCACGGCCCUUUACAGUGGCUGGACAAAGUUUUAACCCAGAUGGGGUCCCCUCUAAAUGCCAUUUCAUCAAUUUCCUAAUUAGACCCAGGUUUAGGUUUUAAAGUUCAAACUUGUAAAUUUUUCUUGUUUUAGUUGUUAUUUUCCUUCGUCUUCUUGAAUCAGUAUCCUUGAUUGAGCUGCGAUCAGCUUCUAAAUGAGGAAGGAGUUAAGAGCGAUUGCACUCAAACUGUCAAUGUUUUCUCUCGCAUAAACCUCACAGAAAGCAGAGCAAAAUUUGUAUUUUUUUUUCCAUUUCUAAAGAAAAUAAUAAUUUCUGAAGGCUAAUUGAAUUGUUCUGAAGUAACCCAAAAAUCACUCGGAAUAGGCCAUCGACGUCAUAUUUAUAUCUCAAGUGUAGCCUCCUCUUUUUUGUGAAUGGUUUUAACCUGUACCUUUAAUCUAUACUUCUAUCCCUCUUGUAGAACUUGAUCUAUUCAUUGCAGUUUUUUUUAUUUCUGUUAAUUGAAAGUGUAUUUUCUUCUCACAUAAAAAAAAAAAAUAAAAAAAAUUAUGACCCUGUAUUAAAUAAAGUAAAUCCCCUUGUAAUAGAGAAUUAUAUCAUAACUGUUAGUCUUAGAAGAAAAUUUUUCAGAAACGAUUCUUGUUAGCACUUUCUUUUUUUAUUUAGUUUUUAAUUAUGCAAGUAUUCUUUGAACAAAAACAUGAAAAAAAAAUGAUGGGAACCCCAUGAAUGACUAUCAAAAUUUACUGAAAGUAAAGAAAAAAAUAUUUUAAGGGCUUCUUCAACUUUCCUGCACUGAAAAAGCUGAAAGUUUUACCUUUAUGCUCAUUGCCGUCGAGCUAAAUUUAUAUUUCUGUAAACAUUUGCAAGAAGCAUCAACAAAGCAUGAAAUUAUGUCUUUUUUACAAUUAUUUUGCCAAGCAUGCUGAAAAGUGCACUAUGAAAUUAGCCUUGUUUUAGCUGUCAUAGAAAGUGCUAAUUCGAUUUUUGUAAGCUUUGUAAACAAUUUUUUUUUAAAUGAAUUGGAAGCUUUUUCCUUCAUUACUCUAAGUUAUUAUUUAUUAGACAGUUUCUUUUUAACAAUUUACUUAUUUUAUUGCAUGUUUCUACUCGGUGAUCUUCACACUACCUUCAUAAGGUAUCUUUAGUCCUGUUCCCUGUAGAAAAUGCUUCAUUAAUGUAUGUGCAAGUGUGUAUGUGUGCAGCUUCGGUAAUCAGUUUACAGUAGACAUCCCUUGCCCUUUAUCUAGGUGGAAACACCAUACCAAUUCACCAUAUUUGCAGCAGGAUGGUUGAUAUAUCUACUUAUAUGUUAGGUUGAACCGCUCCUGAAUCCCAUGAAAUUUUUGUGACCUGGUUGCGAGCUAUUAUGAUGCCCAUUGUAGUGCUAAAUCUGAAAUAUGUGAGCUUCCCAGUUUUGAACUUUGUGUCGCCUUUAAUUCAAUAGAUGAGAAGAAAAUAAUUUACUUUUGACUGAAAUUUGUAGACAUUGCCAAGAAUCAUUAAGGUAUGCACGACCUCAAGGUAUACAGCUGCCUUGGCGUUUUAGGCGUCAUCUUCCUCUGGGUUGAAAUGACUGCAUUCUCUUACAACAUUUUUAAGCCCUGAAUUUCUAUAUUUUCUGUACACGUGACCAGUUCUGUGUUUGCUCUGUCAGAUAAAAAAAAUUCUUGUUUAAUUUUUCCCCUGUCAAAUCUAUACUAAUAAAGCAGACUUCACGUU